AUGCAACCACUGGAGGGUCGCAGCAAGGCGAUCUUUAUCGUCACCACUAUCUUUUUGGGAAUUUCGUUUAUUGCGGUUUGCCUGCGAUGCUUUGUCCGACUCAAGCUCGUCAAGGCCUUUGGCUGGGAUGAUGCGCUGAUGGUGUUCGCAAUGGGUCUUAACGUUCUAUUUGCGCUUUGUGGAAUUACUGGCGCAUUGUACGGAAUAGGUCAAAAGUCGAUGGAGCUUUUGUUGCGAGGAACCAUGGAGACUGCCAUGUUUUGGUGGUGGCUCGGCCAAACUAGUUACGUCUGGACAUGCGCCAUCGCAAAGAUAUCUAUCGCCGUCGCUCUCCUCCGCCUCACCGUCUCGCGCGCUCAUACCUAUAUCCUAUGGGGAGUUAUCGCCGUGACUUCGGUCAUCGGCCUCGUUUUCUGGUUUUUGUUGACCCUUCAAUGCACACCCGUGUCAUUCUUCUGGCAGCGGGUUCGACUGGAACUCGAUCCGACCGCGGAUGUCCAUGGACACUGCCUGAAUCUCGAUAUCAUCAUCGAUAUGGCGUAUGCCUACAGUGUUACCGCUACAUGCUGUGAUUUUACCCUGGGAAUUCUCCCCGUCUUCCUUGUCUGGAAUCUCCAGAUGAAUGUUAGGACGAAGGCUGCCUUGGCUGGUAUUCUGGGCAUGGGAUGUGUUGCCAGCGCUGCGGUUAUCGUUCGCAUUCCUUAUCUCCACGACUACAAGGAUGCCGACUUUUUGUACGCAACCUCCAACAUCUCCAUCUGGUCCAACGUCGAGGCCAGCCUCGGUAUCAUAGCGGGCAGUCUCGUCACCCUCCGUCCUCUUUUCCGCUGGUUCCGUGACCCCAGUUACAGGGGAUCUCAGAGCAAGCGAACCGGUGGCAGCGUGCCUCUCUCCAGUGUAAAUGCCAUUCGUUCCGAUCCUGCUGGACCUCAGUACUGGCGCCCCGAUCUGGACCCGGAAGACUCCCAUGCUGUGAUUACGACCAUUCAUACUUCGAAUCGAGGAAGUCGCACGAGCAGCCAGGAGGAUCUCAACCCGAAGCAGCAGAAUCAGGGGACUUUUUUUCAGGGAGUGAACGUACAGAAAACCUUCUUCGUCUCGGAGAAUGAAGACCAGCAUUAG